GACAUCUUUCAUUUCAUUUCAUCAGACCACGAAUGCGUGGAUUUACUCCGAGCAAUUACUCCAGCACGAUAACCUUUAAAGCAUACAAUUCUUGCUCUCAAUUAUUACAAUUGCCAUCUCGAAUCCAUUCCACGAAGCUAUACUUCCCACAUUCCCAUCUUAUCUUAGAAAGCUUCCAAGCUAUCCUUGGAACACGCCCACGAAACGUUCCAGUAACACUCGCGCAUAGCAGACACGACAUAUACCCACGAGCGGGUCCAUUAAUGCAGUAAAACCAUUCCAACACCGCAUUCACAAUCGCAUCUAUCCACAAUGUCAAAUAAUCGCUAUCACGACGAAACCCCCCUCUCCUCCUCCGGCACCUCCACCCCCGCCCUCUCAAACUCCACAAGUUGGGCUGUCCCGACCAUUUCCACCGCAGUCACUGGAUUACUGCGACGUUUCUCUACCGAACCUUCUACUCAUUCGGGCAACGGCAAUGGCAAUCAUCACACCAACACUUCUCACCACUCAAAAUCCCAAUCUCCAUCGUUCUCCCCAGCGCAAAAUGGCAUUCAAGGCGUCUACACACCUCCUCAUCGAACCGCAUCGCCAUUUCAGCCACCACCUUUGUAUCCGGUGACGUUAAAGGGAUGGAGAGAAAAUACAGAUCCGUCUGCGCAGUUAUUGAGCCGGGCAUUGGCGGAGGAAAUUAGAUUACUGGUUCCGCCACGCUUGCAAUUGUGUGAGGAAUGGAAUUUGGUUUAUAGUUUGGAACAGGAUGGAGUCAGUUUGGGGACGCUUUAUAAGAAGUGUGAUGACUUGAGGGGUUUGAGGAAUGGCUUUGUGCUGGUUGUUAAGGAUGGGGAGGGUGGGUUGUUUGGCGCAUACUUGACAGAAGCACCGCAUCCUGCACCUCACUAUUUCGGCACAGGGGAAUGCUUCCUUUGGCGCGCAACCAUUCUCUCCUCCUCCUUCCUAGCAAAUCUUCCCCCUCCCCCUUCCUCCGAUACUACGAACUUGCAACGCUCAACCACCAUCGGCGCUCCUCGAAAUCAGAAUCAGAACCCCGCCCAUCCCUCUUCACUCCUCUCGCCUACCUUUUCCCAACCUCCUCCCAAAUCCCCCUCCUCUAUCAAAUCAGGUGCCAGUACACCUGAACGAAUCCGCUUCAAAGCUUUUCCCUACUCGGGAAUAAACGACUACAUGAUGCUCUGUGAAACGGGGUUUCUAUCAAUAGGAGGUGGAGAUGGGCAUUAUGGACUCUGGCUAGAUGAUACGUUUGAGAAGGGCGUGAGUAGUAGUUGCCCUACAUUUGGAAACGAACCAUUGAGUGAGGAGGGGGAGAAAUUCGACAUUAUAGGGGUAGAAGUGUGGAGUAUUGGGAAUUAGCUGACAGUGAUACACGUGUGGAGAGGACUUCGAUAAGGAAAAAGAAAAAGAAGGCAGGUGAUGCAAAGGGCGUGGAAGAAAGGGAUGAGGAGGUUGCAGGACGAUCCGGAUCGAUUAAUAUAUGCAUGAUACCCUUAUUGCGAAAUUUGUAGGCAGCUUGAAGCUUGAAGCAACUUUAUUUCACUCUCAUUACACUCCAUACAUGAAUGGAUAGCGUUGGUAAUCUAGCAGGAAUGUACAGCGAGAACCAAUCCAACUACUUUAUUUAAGUUUCCCUUUGAAAAUAAAAUUGAACCGGGAUUUUGGGAGCAAAAGAUUAAUAACAAUAAAUUUUCACAUAGUAAAUGUUA